AUGAAAACAAAGAAACCAUUAACGGGACAAACAUUCUGUUGUACUGGAGUAGAAACUAAAAUAAGAUUACAAAUUAUAAAAAACAUUGAUUCAUUAGGAGGAAUAAAUUAUGAUGAUUUAAUGACAGAUGUACAAUACUUGAUUGUUGGAAAUAGGAAAACUGAAAAAUAUAAAUUUUGUAUAAAGAAUAGAUCAGAUAUUAUAUUUUUAACUCAAGAUUCAAUUAUAAAGGCAUAUGAAAAAUGGAUUUUAGGUGAGAGUGACGAAAUACGGCUUGAUGAUUAUAAAUUACCAGUUUUUAAUGAAAUAAAUGCAUGUUUUUCAAGAGUUGAUCUACCACAAUCACAAAUAAAGUACUUAAUAGAAGAAUCAUCUUUCAGAAAAUCACGUAUAAAAGAAGAUCAAUUCACUUCAAAGAACUUAAUGCAAUUAAUCAUUGACAAUGGAGGUAAAGCGAAAGAAUCGUUACUGAAUAAUCAAGAUUGCAUGAUAAGUGCUGAUCCAAGAGGUACAAGAUAUGAUAAAGCAAUUGAAUGGAAAAUUUCCGUGGUACAUCCUAUUUGGAUUUUGGAUAGUAUACUAAGAGGUGCAGCAUUAGAUUUUCAAGAUUACAUACUAAAAGAAGACAAUAAAGAUUUAUAUGAAAAUGGAUGUAUUCAAUGGGAACAAAUAUUUAAUCCAAAACCAAUUAAAAAAGUAACAUUACCACCACCACCAAAAGAUGCACCUAAAAAACCUAAAAAAUCAAAUAAAGCAGAAAUUUGGAAUUCAAUAAUGGACAACACCAAAGUUCAAAUUAAAACCAAACAAAAGGAUAAUACAUGGGAUGAUGAAGAAAGUGAUUCUGAAAAUGAUGAAUCAAUUGAAAUAAAACCACCAACUGAAAGAAGUAAAAGUACUUUGUUUUUAGGUUUUAAUUUUUUAUUAGUUGGUUUAAAUUCAAGGGAAUCAGAUUUAUUAAGUGAAAGAAUUGAAACAUUUCAAGGUGAAAUUACAAAAGAUGUUUAUGAUAAUUCAAUAAGUCAUAUUUUAAUACCAGCAAACAAAGGAAGUCAAACAUCAUCAACAUUAAAAAUGUUACCAAACGAGACAAAACAAAGAAUCACUAAUGGAGAAAUUAAAUUAGUGACUGAAUUUUUCAUUGAAAGAUGUAUUUUUUAUCAAAAAGUUAUAUUGGAUAGAUGGGGACAACCAAUUAAAGGAUUAAUGCCAUCCACCAAAAAAUUUAAAAUUUCAACAUCAGGAUUCACAGGUAUUGAGUUAUUACACAUUGGGAAACUUAUAAAAUUUUUAAAUUUUGAGUAUUGUGAUUCAUUAUCUGAUCAAAGAGAUUUAUUAAUACUUAAUAUCAAUUUAUUUAAAGAAAGUUUUAUGAAAAAUUCACCAAAAUUAUUUCAAUACAAAUGUAAAGACAUUUUGAAUUGUCCAACUUAUCAAUCAGGACAAUCUUCAGUUUCCUUGUUAUCAGCUAAAAGUAAAAUAGAUGCUGCUAAAAAAUGGAAUAUCCCAGUUGUUUCAAUUGGUUAUUUAUGGGAAAUAUUUGAAAUUUCACAAUAUAAAUCUAUAUUGUUGAUGCCAGAAAUAACAAACCAUCAAUGGUGUAUAUAUGCACCUAUCAAUUAUACAAGACCAAAAUCAUUAAUAGAAUAUAUUAAAAACAUGAAUGAAGAAGUAUUUUCAACAAAACUGAUUGAUAAAAGUGAUGAUGAGAAUUUAGUAAAAUUACCAUCACCAAGAAAAAUCAAGGGAAAACAAAAAUAUGGUAAAUUAAUAGGUAGAUCAUCACCACAAUCAAUUAAAAAUAAAAUAAUGGAUUUAUCAAGAUCAACAAUGUCAACAGAAGAAGUUGAACAAAAUCAUCAAAAUAAAGAAAAUUUCGACAUUACAAAUGGUGAACAGUUAUCAUCACAAAUUAGAUAUGAAGAUGUUGAAUCAAUGAAUAAUCAAGAGCGUCUUCUAAAGAAGUUGGAAAAUUCAAUUGAGCAAAGUAAUGAUGAAGUUGAUCAAUUAGUACAUAUCAAAAAAAGAAGAAAGCGGUGA